CUCCAACCCUUCUGCCUACCAGCGUAAAGUCAUGGCUGCUAAGGAUCUCGUUGAGUCGACCAUUUCUGGCAACCAGAUUGCCAUCUUCUCUAAGAGCUGGUGCCCAUACUGCAAGCGUGCGAAGCAACUCCUCACCACGAAGUUCCCGGGCGUCCCUACGAAGAUCCUUGAGCUCGACGAGCUUGAUGAAGGAAGCAGCAUGCAGGCCUACCUCGCCCAGAAGACUGGCCAGAGGACUGUCCCCAACAUCUUCAUCAACCAGAAGCAUGUUGGCGGCUGUGAUGACGUGGUGAGUCUCGACUCCAGUGGCAAGCUAGCGGGUCUCGUUGGGGCGUGAGCAGCUCUGUGUCUUUUCGUGGCCGGGAGAAACUUUUGACGUUCACUAUCGCCGCUAUAUAGUACUUUUUCCCCAUCACGGUUGUAGACUCUGGAUUAGUUGUUGUGCAAUACCCUUUUGACGGACAAUAUUUGAUUGUGCGCGAG